AUGUGGUUCGAAUGCAUCGCCUUUGUCUGUAUAGGUUAUAUCAUUUACCACGUCAUACACUUGUACUUCAACCAACACAAACUGAUCUUCUACCCAACACAUAAUGGGGAGGACUUCCCAACACUCGACUACAUCAAAGAACACUCCCACCUCCCUUUCGAUUUGAAAGAAGUCAAAAUCACGACAGAUGAUAAUAACACCGUUUACCUCUACGCAUGCUUACAACAAAACCCAGAGAUACACACAACUAUUUUGCUGUUCCAGAGUAAUGCCGGAUCAGUGUUGGACCGCCUCAGAUUGGCUGCAAAUUACUAUAAGCUGUGCGACGUCAAUUUUUGUAUUGCUGUGUAUCGGGGCUUUGACAAAGCAACGGGUAUCCCCACAGAACAGUACAUGACACAAGACUGUGAACGAUACUUUGACGCAUUACAAAGUCUUAAUAUUGAUAUGAAUAAAGUGGUCGUAUUAGGACGUUCAAUUGGGGUUUCUAUGGCAUUGAAAUUGUUUAACAAGCGCAAGUGUUACGGCUUGAUCAUCGAAAAUGGGUUCACCAGUUUAUAUGGGAUGGCCAUCAAAUUUUUCCCCUUCUUAAAAAGCCUAAGUUUUGUGGUGAAAGACAAAUGGGACAAUUUAGAAGAAAUCCAAAGAGUGAAUGCAGGAAGUAAGAUUUUGAUGUUUAGCUCUGGAAGUGACGAGAUGGUAUCGCCAGAAAUGAUGGGACAACUCUAUCUAAAAGCAAAAGAAAAUGGAAGGCUUGUCCGAUUUGAAUCGUUUUCUGAAGGUAAUCACAUGAAUUUACCAGAAUACCCAAGAUACUUUGUUAUUGUAACUAAGUACUUGGAAGACUUGGAAAAGUCUGAUGAAUGUUUUGACUGUGGAACUUUUGAAAAUUGUUUGAACGAGUAA